GCGGCCAUGGCGGUGGCCGUGGCAGCGGCUGGCGCGUUGCGCGGGUUGGUGCGGGGAGCCGGCAGUGGCGGCGGCGGCCGCCGUCGUGUCUCGGCCCUGGGGGUAUUGCUGUCGCCGCCGAAGGCGACUCUGGGCCUCCCGGUUUGCAGGCUGAAAUCAUCAGUCAGCUUUCUUACUCGACCAGAUCGACCAAAUCUCGCUUAUCAUAAACUAAAAGGCAGGAAUCCAGGGGUCAUUUUCCUUCCAGGCUUUAAUUCAAAUAUGAAUGGUCGGAAAGCAAUUGCCCUUGAAGAAUUCUGCAGCUCUCUGGGUCACGCCUUCAUCAGAUUUGAUUAUACAGGAUGUGGAAGUUCAGGUGGCAAAUUUGAGGAGUGUACAAUUGGAAAGUGGAGAAAAGAUGUUCUGUCUAUACUGGAUGAACUUACAGACGGACCACAGAUUCUGGUGGGUUCCAGCUUGGGUGGAUGGCUGAUGCUUCACGCUGCAAUAUCACGCCCAGAUAAAGUAGCUGCUCUAGUUGGAGUAGCUGUAGCAGCAGACCAUCUUGUAACAACUUUUAAGAAGCUUUCUAUUGAGGCACAAAAAGAAAUAGAAGAAAAAGGUGAAUGGAAGCUUCCAACAAAGUAUAACGAGGAAGGCUAUUACUCCUUGACAUAUGACUUUAUCAGGGAAGCAGAAAAUCACUGUGUGCUGAACAGUCCCAUCCCUAUAACAUGUCCCAUACGACUCAUUCAUGGCAUGAAGGAUGGUGAUGUCCCUUGGCAGAUCUCUAUGCAAGUUGCUGAUCGUGUGUUGAGCAAAGAUGUGGAUGUUGUCCUCCGCAAAGUUGGCCAACAUCGGAUGAGUGAGAAGGAGGAUACAAAACUUCUUGUGAAUACCGUUGAUGAUUUAAUUGACAAGCUGGCGACAGUAGCAUAAGCUGCAGUGUAGCAUAAUGUGCAUGAACUCUAUACCUGACUCUUUUCCACGAGUAGCAGAAACCCUGUUCUUAACAAGAUUAUGGACUGUCACAGUAGGAAUGAGCUUUAUUUCCUGUUUCCUUACCUCUGUUUCAUAAAUACAGGUAUUUAAUUAAUGCUGCAUUUGCACAGUCCAGCAUGUGAAGGAGUGCUGCUCUUGUGUUUGGAACCUCUCCUUCACCACUUAAACUUUUUUUUUAAAGUUUCCUACACUUUUGUACCAAAACGUUGGUUCAUUUUUGUUACUAUUGACAUGUACAGUAAACCUUUUACUUUCCUGUGUCUUUGACACCUUUUGCUGCAAGUCAUGUAUCUUAUGUCUGAAACCAUCUGUGCAAUGCAAAGUGCAACUUAAGUGUUUACUAAAGCUAUUGCUAUUAGAAAUAGUGAAUAACGUGACACACAAUAAACAGAUUUCAGAUAAAUAUCGUAUUGUUCCUUAGUACUGUUAAAAUUGAAAAGUGGAAGGCACACCCUGAUGGCGUGCUUGAGGUACUACAUAAGGACAAAGUUAAUUUCUAAGUAGAACAUAGAGGUCUUUUAUCUUUGCUUAGGGUUUCUGUCCUCUGCAGCAGGCUGUCUGUUUGGAAUAGUUUAUCUGUGGGUCUGUUCGUAAGGGAACAGUAUAUAAUUUUGGUGUAAACCAAAACUGGACCAAUAGAAUCAUAGAAUGGUAGAGGAUGGAAAGCACCUUUAGAGAUCAUCUAGUCCAGCCCCCUUGCAGAGGCAGGGUCACCUAGAUCAGGUCACAUAGGAACAUGUCCAGGUGAGUCUUGAAGACCUCCAAGGAAGGAGACUCCACAACCCCUCUGGGCAGCCUGUGCCAGGGCUCCCUCACCUGAACAGUGAAAUAGUUUUUUCUUACAUUUAAGUGGAACUUUUUGUGUUCCAGCUUGAUCCCAUUACCCCUUGUCUUGUUGCUAGCUAUAGAAAAAAGGGAUGCCCCAACCUCCUGAAAGAGAGGAGACUUUGGUGAGAGGCUGAAAUUAAUUCAGAGUGGCCUUAAUAUGAAACAUUACGCAAAAGCAGAUAGUUGUUUCUGUCUUUAUUAUUUUAAGUAUCAAAUGGCAUCACUAUUACUACCUUGAAAGACUUAUACUCCUGGGAGUAAGGUGCUUCUAGAGAGUUUACCAUUUUCACUGUUAGCAUUGUCAGUAGAAGUACAUUGUAUAGAGCUUUGAUGAGGUAGUGGGUUUUAAUUUAAACAAAACAAAACCCAGAAACAAACGACUGAAAACUAACAGAUUCCUAAAUUUCAGGUGAGUUCAUGUAAAUCUAGUUUUAUAUAGGCUUCAAUACUGAA